AUGGCGAUCAAAGUUGAUCCCGAAUUGAUCCGCAACCCUCCGAAGGAAGUUGGAAGUGGGACUCACCAAGAUCCCUUGAUCAUGUUCAUCUGCGUGCUACCGAAGGAAUCCAAGUUUCCGGGUAGGAUCGAGGCUAUUGAGAAGGUGUGCCGCCACGCAUGCUGGUACACUGGCAACACUGUGUGCUACAUUAGGUCCGUCGACAAGACUGGCACGACAGCGUACGAUCCUAGGGUUUCUCGUAAGGAGCGAGAUCCUGCCGACGACGACCGUCACAUUACCGUGUACAUGAGCAAUGUCCGCGGAGAGUUCAAGUACGAGGGGCAUGUCUAUGUCGUUAGAGACGGACCCAACCGCAAGGUUCCAAACAGGUUGACGUAUCCCGAAGAGCGAAAGACGCCUGUAGGCGGACCGAGUCCAAAGCUCCACGAGCCUGGGAGCAGUAUUGCACUCACCUUCCCCACUACCCUGUGGACCUUCUACCAUUCGCCACAAUUCGUCUAUUUGUCCGGGCUCGCGCAGAGGUGA